UUUUUAGCUUUGAAAAUGUUCCUGGUUCAAUUAAAAAGCCUAUACCUGUUAAGAACUCAGCUUUAACAUUUUUGAAGGUUAUCGGAGUUUUAUGACUACAGACUUUAUUCCUAAAACUGCCGCCCUUUCCAGUAAACAAGUCCGUGCCCGAUUAGAACCCCCGAUUUUGGCAAUUUUAAAUGCAUCAGGGUUUUACGUUUUUAGAUUUUUAUCUCUGAAAAAGCUUCUGCCCAGUUAAUGACUCUUAAAAAUUGACACUAAUUAUUAUUUUUCAAAGGUUUAUGAAAGAAAAUCGUCAUAAAUAUAUGGAUGAAUGUGCUGAUAAAAGAAAACAAUCAGCAGAAUUAAAUAAAGAAUUGGGACAAGUUUGGCAAAGAAUGACUAGAGAUGAACAACAACCAUAUUAUGAUAUGGCAACAUUAAAACGUGAAGAACACCAACGACUUUAUCCAAAUUGGACAGCUCGUGAGAAUUAUGCAAUACAUAAAAAGGCUAAAAAGCGUAGAACAAGGGAACGUUCAUUAGAAAAUAAUGAUUCAAAGAAGUGUCGUGCACGUUUUGGUGUUGAUAAUCAAAUUAAAUGGUGUAAACAUUGUAAACGUAAAAAGAAAUGUUUAAAUGUUCUUUGUGAUUCUGAUUCUCCUGCACAGGUUUCCUCUACUACAAAUCCAACCACUCCUUUACAUCAUCAUCAACAACAACAACAAGGAGGGCAGAGCAGCAGCAAUAAUAACAAUUUAAAUAUACAUCAUAAUUCACAAACUUCACAAUUUUCAAAUUUAUUUGGUUUAAAUUUAUCAACCCAACAAUCUCAACAUCUUCCAAUAAAACAACAACAAUUAGAUUCUCCUCUAAGUUCACAAAAAGGGCAAUCAACCAAUAGUGAAUUAAGCCGUUGUUCUUCUACAGCAAGUAGUGAUGGUGGUGAGGAUGAAUCUAUUGAAGAAGAAGAAGAAUCUGAUAUUGAUGAGGACAACAAAGCUGAUAUUAAACAAAAUUUAAUGAUGGAAGGGUUAGAAUCACCAAUAAUGUCAAAACAACAACAACAUGGUGGUCGUGGUGGUGUUAAUGUUAAAACUUUCAAAAUGGAAACAACACCAACAACCACCUCCGACCCCAAAUUAUUUUCUCCACAUACACCACCUUCACAUUUACGUCGUAAACACCCUCAACAACAACAACAACACAACCAACAACCUCUUUUAGUUGAUACACCCUCAAAACAACAUUCAUCUUCUUUAUUUGGUUCAAGUAAUACUAAUGAUGUUAAUAAUUUAUUAGUUGCUGCAGCUGCUUCAACAUUAUUGCCUCAUCAUCAUUCUUCCUCUCCAUUUUCUUCUUCUUCAAAUAAUCCAAUUUUACAACAACAAAAUAUUCCUUCAGCCUUUCAAAUGCCUCCACCAACAACACCUACUGGAGCAGGAGCAGGAAGUUUUCCUUUUCAACCAACAAGUCCUUUCUUUCCUUGGAGUGGGCUAAACUUUAUGUCUUCAUUUAUGAAACAUUAA